AUGGAGGCCAGUGUGACUUGUAGGCCACCAGGGAACAUUAUUAGCCAGAGUGAGCUUGUAUCGUUGUGGGAGAAGAAAACAGGAACCACUUUGAAGAGAGUUUUCGUAUCAGAAUCUGAGCUAAUCAAAUUGUCAGAGACUCUGCCUCAUCCCGAUAAUGCUCCUGUUUGCGUUUUGCACAAUGUAUUUGUGAAAGGUGACCAGACCAACUACGAAGUAGGAGAAGAAGCGCUUGAGGUUUCAAAGCUCUAUCCCGAUUACAAAUACACUCCAAUAGAAGAGUUUCUUGAGGCAUCAGUCAGUGCUCCCCGCGAUAUAAAACUUACAUCCUUUGCCUAAAGCAAGUUUGGGAAAUUUAUAUUGGUAUAAUUGCCCGACACAAUAUUUUAUCUGUAAUAAAGAAGCAAGAAUCCAACAGAGAUCUUAGGAGAAACCACAGGUAUGUAGGCUCCUCGAUACCUUAGCCCACAAGUAUUGUCAGAAUUCAUGUGAACACCAAACUAAAAAGUACUUUUUAUAUUGUC